AUGGGCAGAGCCACUGCAGGGCUCGGGGUCCAGGCACUGAGGUGUGUGUGAUCCAGGCUGUGCGUGGGGAGCCUUAGCUGAGAGAACAAGUAAGUUUUUAGCCAGCAUUUAAGUCAGGGAUCUCACCACGAGCAGCUCUUGCUGCCUUGCUUUGGAGGAGAGACUAUUGCAGGUGAGCUCUGGAGCCGGGAGAAGAUGCAGAGAUGUCAGGGAGGAAACCAGCCAAGGAGGAUGUGGCAAGAAGUAACAAAAGAGGAGAACGUAUUUUCUCCCUGGGACCUGGAUGAGAUCAGGGAGAUAAAAAAUGGGCUCAGAAUAGUUAGGAGGAAAGAGGAAGGAGUGGGAGCUGAGACAGCCAUAAGUACCAUCAGCAGGAUAGUGAAUGUAAAUGAAUGGGAGGGACAUUGCAGCAGGUGAGGAAAUUCUCAUUAAGAAGAGCUUAAUGAGACAAUAAAAGCCUCUGGGAAGCCUCACAGUCCCCACGCCUCUCCUCUGGUGAGACUUUCCUGAAACAACUCCAAACAAACAAAAGCCAGCCUGGUUGAGCAGUGAUGGAUGGAGCUCAGGAGCUGGGGUGACAGCAGCAUUUAUUUUCUCUCAGGUGAUGGAUGCAGGCUGUCCUCCAGCCCAGUGCAGGGAGAAAUAUUGCUUUCAAAGAAUGACAACAGCUGCUUCAGCAAGUGGAUUUGCUGUGCAAGAGGUCAUUAUUUGCAGCUGUCAGCUUCACUGAAUUCUUCCUUACAUUUCAUCCUUAUUUUCUUUUAGGAGCGGCAAAACAACUUAGGGUUGAUGUUUUGUGUGCCAUCAACUGAAAUUGGGGCCAUCAUGAAUAUCACCAAGGGUGGGCUGGUGCUGUUCUCAGCUAAUUCCAAUUCCUCAUGCAUGGAGCUGUCCAAGAGGAUUGCCGAACGCUUGGGAGUUGAGAUGGGAAAGGUUCAGGUUUAUCAAGAGCCAAACAGAGAAACACGAGUGCAGAUUCAGGAGUCUGUGAGAGGAAAGGAUGUAUUUAUCAUCCAGACAGUUUCAAAGGAUGUGAAUACCACGAUCAUGGAGCUCCUGAUCAUGGUGUAUGCAUGCAAAACCUCCUGUGCCAAAAGCAUUAUUGGAGUGAUUCCUUACUUCCCCUACAGCAAACAGUGCAAGAUGAGGAAAAGGGGCUCCAUUGUCUCCAAAUUGCUGGCCUCCAUGAUGUGCAAAGCUGGACUAACUCAUCUUAUUACUAUGGAUCUACACCAGAAGGAAAUUCAGGGUUUCUUCAAUAUUCCAGUUGAUAACUUGAGAGCAUCCCCAUUUUUACUCCAGUACAUCCAAGAAGAGAUACCAGACUACAGGAAUGCUGUAAUUGUGGCCAAAUCUCCUGCAUCUGCAAAGAGGGCACAGUCGUUUGCUGAGCGCUUGCGGUUGGGAAUCGCCGUGAUCCACGGGGAAGCUCAGGAUGCUGAGUCUGACAUGGUGGACGGCCGGCACUCCCCUCCGACAGCCAAAUACGUCGCUGCUAUCCACCCCAGCCUGGAGAUCCCCAUGCUGAUUCCCAAGGAAAAACCACCCAUCACAGUAGUUGGAGAUGUAGGAGGAAGAAUAGCUAUCAUUGUGGAUGACAUCAUAGAUGACGUUGACAGCUUUCUGGCUGCAGCUGAGACCCUCAAGGAGAGAGGGGCCUACAAGAUCUUUGUCAUGGCCACCCAUGGGCUGCUGUCCUCAGAUGCUCCCCGGCUGAUCGAGGAGUCUGCCAUUGAUGAAGUGGUUGUUACAAACACAAUUCCACAUGAGAUACAAAAACUUCAGUGCCCUAAAAUCAAGACUGUGGAUAUCAGCAUGAUCCUGUCAGAAGCCAUUCGCAGGAUCCACAAUGGGGAGUCCAUGUCCUACCUUUUCAGGAAUAUAGGAGUGGAUGAUUAAAGCUUCUUCCUCUAAAGAAACACCCCGGGCCAAACUGGAAUCGAACAGAGAGCGAGCUGUGAAGCAUUGCGCUUACCUUAAUAUUUCCAUUGAGCCACUUCUUGUUUUUUCUUGGUUUAAGUAUCAAGGUAGAACAGUUUUUAAGACAAUAUUUUUUCCCCUUUGCAGGGUUUUUGUGGGGGGGUUUGGUGGGAAUAAACCUUUUACAGAAAACUGUUUAGUUGCUUUUAGGUUAGUUGCACUAUACACGAUGGAAAAAUCCCACAAAACACUUGAGGCAAGAAUUUGGCUUCUAAAUUAAGCAUUCCUUUUCCAAAGCUGCUUGCUACAAGUGCUUUAAAUGAUAAUAAAAUGAAGUGACUGUAUAAUAUUUGCAUUUUAAAAGCCAAAAAGGUUGUACUGUUGUAUGCAGUUCAGUGAUUUUAUAGGAGUGCUUUUAUAGAAAAGCAUAUGGAAUAUGGACCUGUAUUUAUUUUCUGCGACAAAGAAUAAAGACUUGUUUUGUGUCAGCUUUCUAAAAAUGUU